CCGCCCCUGGCAGGACCCGGAAGCCGCGCCCAUCGCAGCCUUCUAGCCCCGCCCCUCGCAGGGCUCCCCUAACUCAUCUGCUCAUAGCACCCGAGCUCCCCGCAGGUCUCGUGGCCUCCUCGGCCUCUCCUCCCCAGUCUCCCCUCCCACGGCUUUCUUCGGUGGCCUUGGUCCCUCCCCGGCUGCUGUCCUCAGGCCUCAUUGGCCCCUCAUCUCCCCAGUAACCAGACCACAACAGUGAGCUUGGAGCAUCCAGGACAUGUCAGGCACUCCAGCCCAGCAGGAGCCCCACCCUCUUUGGCCAAGAUGCCUUUAGGACUCUCUGCUGGGAGCGCUCGUUCCGAGCAUGGAAGCGAGGCCUUCCUGGAGGGAACGGUGGACUGGGAGCUGAGCAGACUGCAGCGGCAAUGCAAAGUGAUGGAGGGUGAAAGGCGAGCCUACAGCAAGGAGGUCCACCAGCGCAUCAACAAGCAACUUGAGGAGAUCCAGCGCCUGGAGGGGGUGCGGGACAAACUGCAGGUCCAGAUCAGCAUUGCCCAGAGCCACGUCACGCGGCUGCAGGACAGCAAGAAGCUGGAAAACAUGGGUCACCUGCUCAAGUGCCGGGUCCGGGCGCAGGCUGAGGUCAAGGAGCUGCAGGAGCAGACCAGAGCCCUGGACAGGCAGAUCCAGGAAUGGGAGAGCCGGAUCUUUGCCCAUGGGAAGGAUGUCAAGGCCUCGGGAUGCAUCCUGGAUCAGAAGGUCAAGAGCCAGCGAAGAGUCAAGAUCCUUGAAGACCAGUUGGACAGGGUCACCUGUCGCUUUGACAACCAGCUGGUUCGGAAUGCAACCUUGCGGGAGGAGCUGGAUCUCCUGCAGAUCGAGAGGAACCGCUAUCUGAAUGUGGACCACAAGCUGCAGAAGGAGUUGCAGCUCCUGCGGGACACGGUCAGGACCCUCAUGGUCUCCUCCACCUCUGCCUACACCAUCAGGGAGGAGGCGAAGGCCAAGUUAGGCAUGCUGCGGGAGAGGGCAGAGAAGGAGGUGGCCCAGAACGACACGGAGGUGCAGAUCUUGCAGCGGCAGAUCGCGCACUUGGAGCAGCUGCACCGCUUCCUCGAACUCAAGAACAGCGAUCGGCAGCCGGAUCCCGCCAUCGUGGAGAAGCGCGAGCAACGGGCCCGGGAGGUGGCCGAAGGCCUCCGGAAGACCUCCCAGGAGAAGCUGGUGCUGCGCUACGAGGACGCCCUGAAGAAACUGUCCCAGCUGACCGGGGAGAGCGACCCGGACUUGCUGGUGGAGAAGUACCUGGAGUUGGAGGAGCGGAACUUCGCAGAGUUCAAUUUCAUCAAUGAGCAGAACUCAGAGCUGGAGCGUCUGCAGGAGGAGAUCAAGGAGAUGCAGGAGGCCUUGGAGAGCGGGCGCCGCAGCGAGGAGGACCGUCGCUCGAGGCAAGAGCAGCAGCUGGCCGAGUUGCAGCAGCGCGUGGACGAGGUGCACACGGAGGCCGAGAACCUGGAGGCCCGCUUCCAGAACUUUCGCGGGCAGCUGGAGAAGCUCAAGACCGAUAUCCAGCACCUCUUCACCAGGGCCCAGUGUGACAGCACGGUCAUCGAUGACCUCCUAGGGGUCAAGACCCACAUGAGAGACCGGGACAUAGGCCUCUUCCUGGGCCUCAUAGAGAAGCGGCUGGUGGAGCUCCUGACGGUGCAGGCCUUCCUCGAAACCCAGAACAACCUCUCUGCCAGCUUGCCUGACGCUGCCCUCCUGGUGCUGGGCCAGAGCUCCGAGGAUCUUCCCAAGAAAGUGGCCCCACCUCAGCCCCCUGACCAUCUUGAGGACCCCCCAGGCUUUGAGGCCAACGACGACUACCCGCUGAGCGAGGGGGAGCUGCUGAGCUAUGUGGUGAAGUCGCUGGAGGCCCGGGAGCAGGCGAAGGGUCAGUACCUGAAGCAGCAGGCUGAGGCCGUCACGAAGGUGGACAGCACCCCGAGCGUGACCCUCUCCAGCACCCAGGCCAGCUCCAGCCUGCCCCUGCUGCCCAAGAGCCCCAGCGCUGUCCCCGGCUCCCUCACGAGCCACAGGGCUAGCAGCAUCCUGGCGUCCAGCGGAGGCCGCGCCACCAGCUCCAAUGUCGGCCGUGUCAGCUUUAGGGACCCCAGCUCCAGCGCAGGCCACGCGACCUUCGGCUCCACCAGACCCGUCACCGGGGGACUUAUGUCCAGUCGGGGCUCGACUGAGGGCCGAGCGAUCGUCAAAUCCCCCAACUCUAGCAGCUACCCGGGGUCCACUGGAUACUUGGGGCCCAGCAGAGGCCACGAGAGCUUUGGGGGCCCGGAGAGCAAAGGCCCUGAGUCAGAAUCGAGUGGAGGCCUCAAGCCCAGCAGAGGCCAAGUCUCAAGCACUGGCCCUGCCUCUAGCACCGGCCGGGUCUCCACCACCAGCAAAGAUUCCCAGAGCAAAUACUAGGGGCACCCAGCCCCAACCCGGCCUCUGGCUCCUUGCAGGGCCUUCUCUGGGUCUCUGCCUCUUAAUUUCCCCUAUGCCUCUCCAUCUUUCUCACCCAGCUCCGGGUGACCUGCCUGCACACCUGUCUGCAUCUCCCCUUCACUAUGUCUCUGCAUCUCUUCCCAUCAGCUCCCCGUCAUCUGUCGCCUGGUUCCCCUCUCUGUUUCCAACCUGCCCUUCCCUUUCGGUUCCCUAAUCUUCUGUUCUCUAGGCUUCCCGUUCAGUGUGUCUCUGUCCUGUCUCCAUGUUUGUCUCCCCAUCUCUACUCUGACCUCUCUGAUUAUCCCCCCCACCUCCUGUUUCGGCUUCCCCAUUUCUAACUCCCUCUCCUCUCCUCCAUCUCCCAGCCCUCCUCGCAUCUCAUGUCCUUGUCUCUGUAGCUCCUCAUUCCUUGUCCUCAAGAGUCCCCAGUACUGACCAGUGGGGGAAGGAUGGGGGCAAAGACAUCAGGGUCAGCAUGAACUGUGACCAUAGGAAAUAAAGGCCAGAGUCUGAUUUUUACCCCA